GUGUUGGAAAUAAUAACGGUUCUGGUUCUGGUUAAUGUGUGGGUGGUAAUGACUAUUGGUUUUUGUUUGUAAUCGACCUCGUGUAUUUGGCAGUGACCACAAAUUGAAACAGUGGUUUUUAAUUAUUGAAGUUUGGCUGAUAACGUGAAAGUAGGGGAGAGAAAAAACAAAUUCGGAAGCCAGUAACAGUGAUUUUCCAGCUCGCUAAACAUCGUUCGCUGCCCUGUCUCCGCGCGGAAUACCGUGUGUCCGAGCCAGAAGAAGCCGCUCACAGUUCGCCGCUAGCCGUGGAUUCGCCCAGACGUCGCCAUCCUCGAGCCGGGUGCUAACAUCGAUUGAAGUGAAGCAGCGGAGAAGCACGCGAUUGUUUUGAACGCGCCCGUUUCUUGUUGUGUUACUCGUUUGCAUGACUCACCACGAAACCGGCAAACUUUAUCCUCGACAAAGUUUGACCUGCAAGUGUCGAUAGAAGUGACACACGAUGGUGCGGCCCUUCAACACCUCAUCGGAGAACGGGGGAGAUCAGGCCAGGGCGCUACUGCGGCCCACGGCACCUCCGCUGAUUCAGGUCAACGCGGAAGGGGAUGAUUUCAGCGAUCCGGACGCGUAUGUGGAGUUUCUAGUGCUCGGCAAUAAGGAAAAUUAUAGCGUGCGAGCCGAGAAGAAACCGAUCCUCGACUCGAACACGCUGCUGGCGCAUAUCAUCAACGGAGCGGUACCGUCGACGACUAUCGUCGAUGGGAAGUUUGUGGUGCGGGAUGUUGACAAGGACAUUUUCGAGAUUUUUGUGAGAUACCUCGAGACCAAAUACAUCAAAUUUAUCUCCGCCUCACACACGCUACAAACUCUUGAGCUCGCCUCGCGCUUCCAGUGCCGUCAGUUGGAGAUUUGCUGUGUCAAGGAACUUGAUCUCAAUCUAUCGAUCGACUGUGUGCUGGAAGUCUUCCGGGCGCUUUGGUACUACAACUCGUUCACACCUGCGGGGGCGAUAACGGACCAGCGGAAGAAAAGAUGGCGUCCCUCUAGCAGCCGCAGCAAGAAAAAUGAAACCGUCGAAGAUAGGCCCCUCACACCGGAAGAAUACUUUGCGGCAUUGCUUAACAACUGCUUGCAGCUGAUCGAUAUGCACCCGGAAGAUGUUUUCGCCCAGCCGGCGAUGCUCGUGCUGAGAUUUGAGGAGUUGGAGAUGAUUGCGAAACGCGAGGCUCUUCAGAUGUCCUCGGAAAUGGUUUUACUUGAUCUCUUGGUGCGUUGGAGUCGUGAGGAGUGUUCCCGCAAAAACCUUGAGCUGACGGCGGAGAAUCGACGCCGCGUGCUUGGCGCAUUGUGCUUUUCGCCACGUUAUCUCACCAUGUCACGGAAGGAAUUCGAGGGCGCCAGGGAUCGAAUUAUGUUACUGGAUCCGGUUGAGUUAAAACUGGUGGGCGAUGUACUGAAUGGGAAGCGAGCAAGCAGCUUAACGCCCGAACAGCAGACAAUGGUUGCCAACUUCAAGCGACCGCGACCAGCCUUCGCUCCAAUGCCGAUACAACUUAGUGCUAGAAGUAACCCCAAAAAUUACCCCAAGAAAAUGCGAAAAGCCGCUGAGGAAGCCGCGAGUGACAAACACAGCUGCUGCGAAAGACUGAUAAUCGGCUUUGUUUCGGUAUUUGCCUGCAUCUUUGACUAGCCGAUUUGGCUUUAAAGGCGUUGUAAUCUCAGCGGAAACGUUUGAUUUUUAAUCCAUCGAAUGCGAAUGCAGAGCCGGAAGAGCAUUCGAGUGUGAGAGUGUGCGCAUAGAUAAUGUUAGUGUUCAUCAUAGUUUAGCUAUUUAACUCUAAAGCUUCCCCCAUUUUGCAGGUAAUUUUGCAACAGCACAUAAAAUUUUAAAUCAUUUCAUGUUCCCAUUCAUAUCUGUUGAUAACUGUUAGGUAACUUGUAGAGAAAAUUUAUUCUGUAUCAAAUACAGAACGUUUAGUGUUUUUUUUUAUUAAACAAAGAAGGGAAUCAAAUUUGACUUUGACUAAAUAUAUAUGUCUGCUAAGGAGAGAAUAAGUUACAAUCGUAUCGCACUAAUUUCGCUGUUGAAAUUGUUUCGUUUUAUUUACAGUUAUGAUUGGUUAUCAUAGUUUAACGCUGAUAGCGAAUAGUGAAUUGUUUAUCCUGCCAGUGUAAGGUAGAGUGUGUUAACGAGGAAAGAUGAAUGUUCUAGUCUAGUCUAUAGUUUAUUUUAAUCACUGCAGCAAUCAAAGCAGCAUUUUACACCCACCAAAGGAACGUUUUCUCAACACAAAUGAACGAAAGUAUUCAAACCUUUUAGAAGUAAAAAAAAAGAUAUAGUUACAAGCAUACACAGUUCGAUUAGUUGAAAACACAUUUUAACGCAGAGUUUAUAUUACCCAGAUGGAAAAUUUUAACUCCCUUAGUGAAUUCGAUCGCUUUCUGAAAGCAACGCAAAGCAGCUAGAGGUUAUCUGUUACAUGUUGAGAUUUUUGGGAUUAGUUAAAUCGAAGCCUAUCAAAGUAUAAAUUUGCUGUAUCGAAAUUGUGUUCGUAUAUAAAAGGGAGGAGAAUCACAAAGAAGCGCACGCACGCUCUAUCUAUUUGUUGCCAUAACUAAUAGUAUGUAGUUUGAGGUAUAUACACAAUUCUCGUUGCCAUAUUGCCUACCAAGUAUAUAAUAACAGUAAUCCACAUAUAUAUAUUAA